UAAUGGAGAAACACAAGUGUGAUAUCUGUUUCAAGAGGUUCAUCAAUGGCAGAGCUUUAGGAGGCCAUAUGAGAUCUCACUUAACGAAUCUUUAUGAAGAAGAAGAAGCUCGCCGUAAUGAAAUCGAUGCCGAUUUUCAUACAUCUGCUUCAUCUGAGGAUGAAGAAGACGACCCAGAAGAAGAAGAAGAAGAGGAGGAAGAAGAAGAAGAGAAGAACAAUUUGCUCUCUUAUGCUUUAAGAGAGAAUCCAAAGAAGAGUAUACGAUUGGUUGAUCAAGAAUUCUCAUUCGUAGUCGAGCCAGGCUCUGGUUCUUCCAUCAUUCUUCAAGACAGAGAGAGCGAAACGGAAUCAUCGAAAAAUCCGAGCCGCCGGCGAUCAAAGAGGAUUCGGAGACGACCCGAAUCACCGGAGACGAUGACGCGAAAUGGAAACAGUUAUAAGGGAAGUGGGUCGGGUGUGAAGAAAAUCAAAAUAGUCUUGCCGGAGCUCGAACCAGAACCAGUUAGCUCCAUUUCUUAUACGAGCCCUGAUGAGGAUGUAGCUUAUUGUUUGAUGAUGCUGAAAAGAGAUAAAUGGGUGGUGAGAGAGGAAGAAUUUGGAGAAGAUGAAGAAGACGAAUUCGUUCAGUCCGAUGGUGAUGAAUCUGACGCCGCGCCGGAGAACAAUAAUAAUAGUAUCAAGAAGAUUGAGAAGAAAAACAGAAGUGGCAAAUAUAAAUGUGAGACUUGUCAUAAAGUUUUCCGAUCAUACCAAGCUUUAGGUGGUCACCGUGCAAGUCACAAGAAAAUCAGAAUCAACCCAAUUGUUGAAACAAACGCGGCGCCGGCGCAAGAAACCGACGAUGGGAAGACCGGAGAAGAGAAAAUCCAUGAAUGCCCUGUUUGUUACAGAGUAUUUGCUUCAGGGCAGGCAUUGGGUGGGCAUAAGAGAUCACAUGUUAUAGGCACGACGUCGACGGCGGCGGCGGUGACGGCGACCGGGGUAAUUCACCGACGACCACCUCCAGCUCCGGUGGCAAAAAGGUUUAUUGAUACAUUGAUUGAUCUUAACCUUCCUGCUCCAAUGGAGGAUGAGGAGAUGAGUCAAAUUGAAAUUUCAGCUGUUUCUGAUCGUUAAGCA